GAUUUCGAGAUUCGAUGGCCUUGUGUCAAUGUAUCCAAGAGUUCUGGAGGACGCAUGGAGAGAGUGAGGAGGUGGCGCUGGUGAAGAGUGACGGUACUGAGAGGAAGGAAGUGACGUAUGUGGAGCUGUCUCAGUGGCAAAAGGAGCUGAGAAUGGCGUUGGGUGGUGAUGAGUGGCUGAUAAUAGGGAUCAACUUGACCCCGUUCUCGAUUGAAGAGACGAUGACGAUGUUGCUGGUUGCGGAGGGGAGAGCGUGGAGCUAUGUGCCAAUUGAUAUGGAGUUGCCUCUGUCUCGACAGCUCUCGAUGCUUCAAAGUGCAGGCAUUCGACGCCUGGUAACGACGGCGGAGAGUCCAUUGGCCAAUUACUUUGGAAAAGAAAUGAAAGCGAGGGCAAUUAAGAUGACGUCAAGUUCGUUUAGACCUGUGCAAGUGGUGAAUUUACCGGAUAGCUUCCUUAAAAAUUCGGAGGUUGAGUGUAUGGGUCGGAGACUGAGAGAAGAGGAGAGUUUUGUAGCGCCCUUGUACGUGCUUUUCACGUCUGGAACGACUGGAGAGCCUCGAGGUGUCAUGGGGACGAGAACCGGUGCUUGGACAAGGUUGGAGUGGAUGUGGACGGCGUAUCCGUUUAUCAAGAGUGAACGCGUUCUGAGAGCUACAAAGUUGUCGUUUGUAGACUCGGUGUGGGAGAUUCUAGGUGCGUUCUUGAAACGCGUGUCACUGGUUCACUUUCAGCCUCCUGAGUCUGUUCAGCGUAGCAUGAGAAGUGUCGUGCUUGACAACAGUGCGCGGUUUCUGGAGGUUAUUCGCAGUGAGAAUGUGUCUCGAUUCACAGCAGUGCCGAGCGUUUUGGAGGUGCUACUGCUACAGACAACAGAGAAGGAUCGAAAAUCUGCGUUAAGUGGACUUCGCUAUGUGCUAAGCAGUGGGGAGUCAUUGCGUCUUCACGUUGUACAGCAACUUACAGCUAAUUUGCCAGGUGUGACGAUACUGAAUCUCUACGGUAGUACAGAGUUGAGCGGUGAUGUUACCUGUAUGGAGCUAAAAGCACCUUUCUCUUCUGCUCAGAUAGCGCUAUGGCAGGAAUACGGCAUCCCUAUCGCUAAUCUCGACCGAUACGGGGUGGUUGGUAGUGAUACAGCUCUCUUACUCCUACCGCAUGAUCGCGAUAACAGUGCCCAUGACUCAACAGUAGUUUGGCCCACGAGAUCAACUGCCUGUAGUGAGUACACAGAGGAGCCAACAAGAGGAAUUCUAUACGUCUCCGGGUCGCUUCUUACGUUUGGAUACGUUGGUGAUGAAGACGCUUUUGUAAACUCGGAUAAAUUACUGGGCCAUGAAGUCGAUACUGAGCCAGCAAGGCGAUGGUUUUGCACUGGAGAUAUUUGCUGUGUGAUCCAAGGCCAUCUAUAUUACUGUGGUCGUAAGGACAAUGCUGUAAAGAUUCACGGUCAGCGAGUGUACUUGGAGGCGGUGGAGCGUGCAGUGGCUGCAGCACGGAAAGAAAUUGAGAAAGAUACACAUUUUGGUGAAGAUCAUCAGGUUGUUGCGAUUACGAGUACAAAGGAAGUGAGCAAGUACGCGUUGAUUCAGCAGCAUAUCGUGGCUUUUAUUAUCUGUGACGACGCAAAUAACACGGUAACCCGACAUCCGCAGACGAAAACUCUAAAUGUUUGGAUAUCUGAGCGCUUCGGAGCGUUCCACGCACCUUUCGACGUCUUGCUGUUGCCUUCAAAGUCAGUGCCACGACUUGCGCAUGGAAAAAUUGACCGUCGAUCUCUUGAGAAAUUUUUGGAUUAUGACAAGAAUGAUAAUGCUCACUCGCUGGCAAUAUCAAGUAAGGGUGAUCGCUCAACAGAAGUUGUCGUUGCCCAGUCGUUGGAGGAGAUCCUUGGAGUCUCCUUGUCAACGUGCAUCUUUAAAGACAUUCGGGCUCGGACAUUUGCAGACAUGGGUGGGAAUUCACUACUGGCGACAUUGUUUCUGCAUGAACUCCGCCAAGUGUUUGGGACGUUGUCCAUAGCUGCGCAAGACUUGCUCGAAAUGACUAUUGAUGAAAUUCUGUCUGCCGUAAACGCCCAACCUAAGAAGCACCACCCUCAAAAACCCACGACAGAAAUACUGCAGCGCUCAAUGAAGCCAAGAUCUCGUACUACUGAAGAGCCAAGUGAUGAUAUCAAAUGCCGGAAGAGAACUCACCAUACUCAUCAACAAGGUAGGUUGAACUUUAUAUCUCGCUACAACCAAUCGUCUAUGGGCGUCAACAGCAUUUACCUGCCAGCGUGCUACUUCUCGCAAUCAAGGAGCUUAUCGUGGGAGUUGAGAUGUGCUUGGCGUGUGGAUUUAAGCAAAUGUAUUGAUGCGUCUCCACUCGUAGUACAACGUCGUGACCACAAUGGUGUACUCUCUACGUGGGCGAUUGUUGGAUCACAUUCGGGUCAACUUGUUUGCGUUGAUGUGUUGGCAGCUGGACGAGAAAUCUGGCGAGUUACACUUGAUGAUCGCAUUGAAGCGUGCGCAGCUCUAAAUGUCAAGCACGAGAUCGUAUACGUGGGGACGUAUAGAGGAACUUUAUUCGCUCUGGACUUGCAGUCUGGUAGAACUCGGUGGACUUUUCAAGCCAAGGGAACGAUCAAAGCUUCAGCCCUAGUGAUAGAAGAGCACGAAUUGGUUGCUUUUGGUGCAUACGAUAACAAUUUGUACGGUCUGGAUGUCGUUACGGGUCAAUUACAGUGGAUACUCGACGUUAGGGGCAGUAUUUUCUCGACUCCACUCUAUUGCAAUUGGCCGAAGCAGAUCUUUGUCGCGUCUACGAACGGAAAUGUCAUGGCUAUAAUGUCAACUUCUGAUGAUAGUUUUAAGAGCAUCAAGGAAAAUUGGAGACUGCAACUUCCUCUCCCAGUGUUUGCAGGGUUAAACACCGACUAUGAGUCCAAUAUUUUGCUUGCCGGGUGUGCAGAUGGGAAGCUUUACGGAGUCAAUAUGACGACUGGGGAUAUUCAAUGGCAACUUGCAACAGAUAAGCCGAUUUUCAGCUCGCCUUGUGUCUAUCAACCCGGUUCAGUGGUGUUUGGUUCUCACGAUGGGAUGCUGCGCAAGGUUAACUCCCGUACCGGAGAACUCGUCUGGGCCACCAACCUGAACGGUGCAGUGUUCGCAUCCCCGACGGUUGUUCGACUUAUUGCAGAGGAUGCAACUAAUCAAGACAGCGACUUGGUCUGCUGUGUGACCACCACUACUGGUCAGCUGUGCUUUUGCAACGAGCGAACAGGGUCCAUUAUUUACCAGACUAGUGACUCUUCUGGAGAAGCUCUCAGUGAUGCAAACAGUGCUGAGAGUAAUGAUCUAGGCCCGUUGUUUGGAUCACCGGUGCUUAUCGACAAUUGGUGUUUGUUGGGGACCCGAACGAAUUAUUUCUACGGGUUUGAGAUGGUAUCUACAACAUUUUAGCCUCCUUUUCGCCGAAGUUCCCGUUGGUUCUUGACUUCGUUCCAAGCGUAAAAAUUCCAGUCUUUAUCGGGAGUUGUUGCAACUGAAGAUGCACCGAAGAGCAUGAGUUCGUAUUUGGCCAGUUGCAGUCGAAAAGCCUGGUUUGGUUGCACUAUAUGGCGCUUACGCUUGACCAUGUUGUAAGCUUCUAGCAGCGGGAUCUUCUUGUCGAUCAUUAAAUAGGCAAUCAGAAGAGCCGGUGAUCGGGAAACCCCUACAAAGACAUCAACCGUAAGCGACCGGUUAGAGUAUAAAACACGUGAUCCAACACUAACCGGAAAUACAGUGAAUGAGCACGCGUCCUCGCAGUCGCUCGACUCGUUUGAUGAAUUUGGUGACAGUUUGAAAGUGAGGAAUCAGCUCUUCGUCCUGGGUAUCGUGUAGGCUCAGCUUGAGGUAGAUGAACUCGCCUUCGAAGCUGUUUCCAACCUGCGUGGCGCAGUUACAGAUGUGUGUGAUCCCUAACAUGUGAAGGAGUCUGCUAUCUUCUGCAUUCUCACGACUGCCUAGCAGUACGUGGUUCAGUAUCACUGUUGGGUCUUGGCAAGUAGCAGUCCCUAGCGUACGGCUGACGAAUUGUGCCAGUCGUCUAAAGAUCGAGUGUUCCUGUGCCAGAGCCUCCAUGAUCCGCCACUACAGAAAAUACAGUUAGAGUAUGGUUAGAGUACGCAUUAGAAGCCUGGCUUCACCUUACCUGAGCUGCCAUAACCGUAUCUUCUUCAUCUGGAUUCCUUUUGGAGUAUGCAACGAUCGACGUGUUACGAAUGCGUUCACCUUCUCGCUGCAGCUCAUGUCGACGCCCGAACUUUCGCGUAG